AUGCAGUCCAAAGACGACGGACAUAACCCCGAAAAGACCGGGUAUGACUGUGCACUAUGCGAGAAACCAAACCAUGCAGACGAAAACAUGGUUCUAUGUGAAAAGUGCCAGAAAUGGUUCCACUUCAUGUGUGCCAAAGUGACGUCGGAGAUAGAGAAGCUACCUUGGACCUGCGACGCAUGCGUAAGUGCGAAUGGCAUGGAAGGAAAAACCCGUAAUCAAGUCGACGGCGCAACGGCCCUCGGAACCAUUCUGGAAGUUUCUGACACGACAGACCAGGCUCAAGAAGGAUUCGGCGAAUCGAAUACGGAAAAGGAGCCGGCAACCGAUGAAGAAGAAGAACGGCAUCAUCAAAGAGAGCUGUUAAUGAUGAAGCAGCGAUUUGACCGACAAUUCCAGCGACAGAAGGAGAAAAUGAUGAUGCAGAUUCGCCUCGAAAGGGAGAUGCUGGAGAAAAGAAAAGCGGUAGAAGCAGAGUUGAACAAGAUGCGAAGUGAACUGUAUGAGGAGUUCCAAUACAACAUGGACCCUUUGGAGCAGGAGAGUGGCGCUGUAGGUGGAAAUUCCGUACCAAAUCAGGAUCAAUCCGACACGGACUUGGAAAAGAUGUGGAGGGAUAAGUUCAAAUUCCCGAAAGAGCAAAUCAAGCCUGUUGCUGACGUUCGGGGAGCUUUUCCCAAAUGUUCCACUCCCAAAGCCGCACCGAUGAAUCCGGGAAUCGGAAACCAAUACCGUUUAACGUCUGAAAAUGCCCUAGCGGAAACGACGCCUCUUAAGAACCCGCAGAUACCCGCAGCAAAGGUUAACAAGCCGUUGCAGCAUCCGCUGCCAGAGCCUUCUUUUUCUCGAACAACAGCUGCGCCACCAUGUCAUGUGAACCCGCAUCGUGAGCAGGUGCAAUCCGCGAACCUGAAUGAGCCAGUGCCAGUGCCAGCAGUAAGCAAUAGCGUGCAUCAAAUCCCAUUCGCGGCUGUAGGAGAACUGGAAUUGUCAAGAGCCCAGAUAGCUGCACGGAAAGGUCCGUUUGCUAAAUUACCAGUGUUCACAGGGCGGCCAGAGGAAUGGCCUCUCUUUAUUAGCAGCUUCAAUAACGGGAACGCAGCAUGCAACUGGACCGACUUGGAGAACCUUGGAAAACUUCAGGAGAGCAUCAAGGGGCCGGCACUGGAAGCUGUAAGAAGUAGAUUGUUGCUGCCCGAGUCAGUUCCAAGAGUAAUUGACACGCUAAGACACCUCUAUGGCAGACCAGAACAACUACUCCAUUCUUUGAUGCAGAAGGCAAGAAGAGCGGAUCCCCCGCGUGCAGAUCGUUUAGCCACAUUUAUCACCUUCGGCAUGAUUGUCCAACAACUGUGCGACCAUCUAGUGACUUCUGGAAUGGAUGAUCACCUCGUCAACCCUAUGCUUAUUGCGGAGCUUGUCGAGAAGUUGCCCCCCAGCACGAAAAUGGAGUGGGUUAGGCACAAACGUCAACAGGCAGCAGUAGAUCUAAGCACGUUUGCGGAUUUUCUUUCGGAAAUCGUUUCGGAAGCGACGGAGGCGACACUCUAUUCUGAUCCACGAAUCGACGGGCGUCCCAACCGGGACCGGAAGGAGAAAAGAUCGAGGAGCAAUGAACAUGAAGGUUUCCUGAAUGCACAUGUCGGCAUCGAGCAGUCGUCGAUCAAUUCGGUAGAUCACCACAAAGGUAAUGGUCCGCACAUCAACCGUAAACCGUGUCGAGGAUGCAACAGUUUGGACCACCGAACCCGCGUCUGUGAAGACUUCCGAAGACUGGUGUGGGGCGAUAAGGUAAAAAUUGUAGAAAAGUGGAAAAUCUGCAAAAUGUGUUUAAACGAACACGGGGAGUCACGCUGCCGAUUCAAAGGACACUGCAACAUCGGUGAUUGCAAGGAAAGGCACCAUUCCAUUCUACACCCACCGAGCACAACUGUACCGCUGUCAACAAAUUGCCACGUACACGAUUCGGAACAGCAUCCCGUCAUUUUUAGGAUGGUUCCGAUUAAACUCCACCACGAAGGCCGGACCCGCGAGGUCAUUGCCUUUUUGGAUGAAGGAUCUUCGUAUUCCCUAAUGGAGAACAGUGUUGCCGAGCAUCUCAAACUAAAAGGGACAUGGGAACCAAUACUGGUAAAGUGGACAGCUGGUAUGAGUCGGCUAGAACGGAAUUCUCGUCGUGUUGAUGUAUCGAUAUCGUCAAGCGGAACCAACGAGAGAUUUCUUCUACGAAACGUUCACACCGUCCAAGAUCUCCAACUGCCGGAGCAGAAAAUUCGGUUCGACGAAGUAACCGCCCGUUUCAAGCACCUUUGUGGAUUACCAGUAGCUGACUGUUUAGGUGGUUCUCCAAAAAUCCUUAUUGACCUGAAACACCUACACGUAUACGCACCGUUAGAGUCUCGUGUCGGCAACCCUGGGGAGCCAAUUGCAGUUCGUACGAAGCUUGGUUGGACGAUAUACGGUCCUCAAGGAAACAACAGCACAGGUACGGGUUUUGCUGGACAUCAUACGGCUGUUGAGUUGGCAGAUCUAGAUCUCCAAGAACUUCUUCGGAAACAUUUCACCUUAGAGGAGUCUGGCUUACUUGUUAAGGUACUACCAGAAUCAAACGAAGACCGUCGAGCUAGAAUGCUGUUGGAACAGACUACCAAGCGCGUAGGAGACCGGUUCGAGACAGGUCUUCUGUGGAGAAACGACGAACCCCAGCUUCCGGACAACUUCCAGAUGGCACUGAAGCGAAUGAAGAGCCUGGAACGAAAGCUAUCAAAAAACCCAGAACUGGCAUUAAACGUAGAGAAGCAGAUCGAGGAUUACCAACGGAAAGGUUACGCCCACAUCGCUACUAGCAAGGAGCUGAUGGAUUCGGUACCGGGUAAGAUCUGGUACCUUCCCUUGAAUGUCGUCCUCAACCCCAAAAAGCCGGGAAAGGUCCGACUAGUGUGGGACGCAGCGGCGUCCGUGCAAGGGAGGUCGCUGAAUUCCGAGUUGUUAAAAGGACCCGAUCUCUUGUCUAGCCUACCGUCGGUCUUGUGCCCCUUCCGUGAGCGCCCGAUCGCAUUUGGCGGCGAUAUUGCUGAGAUGUACCAUCAGCUACGCAUCCGAGCAAGUGAUAAGUCAGCACAGAGAUUUUUGUACCGGUCGAACGCUUCGAGUUCUCCAACGAUUUUUGUUAUGGACGUCGCCACCUUUGGCUCAACUAGCUCACCGUGCUCUGCGCAAUAUAUAAAAAAUCAAAAUGCGCAGGAGUAUAGCGAGGAGUUUCCAGAUGCAGUCGAGGCUAUUGUCGGCAAACACUAUGUCGAUGACUAUUUGGACUCCACGUUCACGGUGUGUGAAGCCAUCGAACGGGCCGAGCAGGUCGCUUACAUCCAUUCAAAGGCUGGAUUUAAUAUCCGGAAUUGGGUGUCCAACAGUCCAGAGUUUCUUCGACACUUCGACGGCCAGCGGGACAAUCGCCUAAUUCACUUCAACUGCGAUAAGUCAACCUAUACGGAGAGAGUCCUGGGCAUGUCAUGGAAUACAGAGGCUGAUGUUUUUGUGUUCGCCGCCGUUCUACAUGAUGACCUGCAACCAUACCUAAAGGGAGAGAAGCUGCCAACGAAACGAAUACUGCUAAGAAUCGUUAUGAGCUGUUUCGAUCCCCUCGGUUUGUGGGCGUUGUUCACCGUUUUUGGAAAAAUUAUCAUCCAAGACCUUUGGAGAAAUGGCUGCUCGUGGGAUGAAGUUGUCGACGACGAUUCGGCGAAGAAAUGGUUCAAGUGGAUUGAACUACUACUACGAGUUCAGGCGAUGAGGAUCCCACGCUGCUAUUUUCCUGAUGCGAAUCCGGAUGACUACCAGGACCUAGAGCUUCACGUGUUCGCCGACGCAAGCGAGGAAGCUUAUGGAUGUGUCGCAUAUUUAAGAGUUUUGGUGAACGGACAGCCGAGAGUUGCGUUAGUGUCGGCAAAAUCCAAAGUAGCUCCACUACAGUAUACGUCCAUCCCGAGAAUGGAGCUUUUAGCCGCUGUACUGGGUGCUAGAUUAGCAGCUGCCGUUAAAGCUAACCAUUCAGUGAAGGUGAAGAGUGUUAUGUUCUACAUUGACUCUGCCACCGUCCUUUCGUGGAUUAAUUCAGACCAUAGAAAGUAUAAGCAGUUUGUGGCCUACCGCAUAGGGGACAUUUUGAGCCUCACUAAUCCACAUGAAUGGAGUUGGAUCCCAACAAAGAACAAUAUAGCUGACGUGCUGACAAAGUGGGGGAAGCAUGGCCCACCGAUUGAGUCCGACGGAGAGUGGGUACGUGGUCCUGAAAUCCUACACCGACCAAAGGAAGAGUGGUCUCAACGAGCUCUGCCAGCAGCAGGCGUAAAAGAAGAACUGCGAGCGUACCAUUUGUUCCAUGAAGUGUCUUUCCCGCAGAGCCUGGUGGACACUACUCGAUUCUCGCGCCAUACGGUUCUGGUUCGAAGCAUCGCUUGCAUAUUUCGAUUCAUUUCGAAUUGCCGCAAAAAAGUAAAAGGACUGCCAAUCGAAACCCUACAUGCAACACCCAAACUGGAAAGGUCUUUAAUAGGAGCGUUGUUGUCAAACAAGAUUCCGUUCAAACGUGAAGAAUAUCGACUGGCUGAGAACUACAUGUGGAGGAUGGCGCAGCAGGAAGGUUUCGCCGACGAAAGUAAGACGUUGCUGAAAAAUAAAGAACUUCCGCAGUCAAAGUGGCAUCUCAUCGAACGCUCCAGCCCACUAUACAAGCUAGCUCCUUUUCUGGACGAAGAAGGUGUGAUUCGUAUGGAAGGUCGCUCGGCUCAUCCCUUUCGAACAGAGGUUCCCGAUUAUACUCCCGAAGGGUCACGAUGUCACCUCCAAGUUGCUCCUACACUACCACGAAAAAUUUGGUCACGCAAACCGUGA